UGCUCCGAGCGGAUUCUAACUCAGUGUCUCCCCUUGGCUUUUCAGUUUUCCCCGGCCACCACGUCCCCUGAGAUGGCAGACGAGAGCAGAAGCUCCAGGGCCUGUGCGUCCUUCAGCGUCCUCAGCUGGGAUCAGGUUAGCCGGCUGCACGAGGUCUUGACCGAGGUCGUCCCCAUCCACGGACGUGGCAACUUCCCAACCUUGGAGAUAACCUUGAAGGACAUUGUGCAGACCGUCCGCAGCCGCCUGGAGGAGGCAGGCAUCCGAGUGCAGGACGUGCGGCUGAAUGGCUCUGCGGCCGGACACGUGUUGGUCAAAGACAAUGGCUUGGGUUGCAAAGACCUGGACCUGAUUUUUCACGUGGCUCUUCCGACGGAGGCUGAAUUCCAGCUGGUGAGGGACGUGGUUCUGUGCUCCCUUCUGAACUUCCUGCCAGAGGGCGUGAACAAGCUCAAGAUCAGCCCCGUCACGCUGAAGGAGGCGUACGUGCAGAAGCUGGUGAAAGUCUGCACGGACACAGACCGCUGGAGCCUCAUCUCCCUCUCCAACAAGAACGGGAGGAACGUGGAGCUGAAGUUUGUCGACUCCAUCCGGCGCCAGUUCGAGUUCAGCGUGGACUCCUUCCAGAUCAUCCUGGACUCUCUGCUCUUUUUCUACGAUUGCUCGAGUAACCCCAUCUCCGAGCACGUCCACCCCACAGUGAUCGCGGAGAGCGUGUACGGGGACUUUGAGGAGGCCUUCGACCACUUGCAGAACAGACUGAUCGCCACCAAGAACCCUGAAGAGAUCCGAGGUGGGGGGCUGCUGAAGUACAGCAACCUCCUUGUGCGGGACUUCCGGCCUGCCGACCAGGAGGAGAUCAAAACCCUGGAGCGCUACAUGUGCUCCCGGUUCUUCAUCGACUUCCCUGACAUCCUGGAGCAGCAGAGGAAGCUGGAGACAUACCUCCAGAACCACUUUGCCGAAGAAGAGGGGAGCAAGUACGACUACCUGGUGAUCCUCCGCAGAGUGGUGAACGAGAGCACGGUGUGCCUCAUGGGACACGAGCGCCGCCAGACCCUCAACCUCAUCUCCCUGCUGGCCCUGCGGGUGCUGGCCGAGCAGAACAUCAUCCCCAGUGCCACCAACGUCACGUGCUACUACCAGCCAGCCCCGUACGUCAGCGACGGCAACUUCAACAACUACUACAUCGCCCACCCUCCCAUCCCCUACAGCCAGCCUUACCCUACCUGGCUGCCCUGUAACUAACAUGAAGACGCGAGGCCCCCUCUCCACGCUGGGGCUCAGCGGGGCAAAGCCUGCCAGGUAGAGCAGCCUCCUUCUAGAUGUAGGUGUUUGGCUUUUAAAGGGGGCAACUCAGCUCUGAUUUCUGCUUUUUUUUGAUGCGUGUUACCCAUCGGAGUGGGUCGAUCACAAGCCAGCCCCCAGAAGACCCACUUUCUAAGUGCCGCGUGGCAAAACGCAAUAGGAAAUGUCACCUAGCCACAGCCUUUCCAACACAAGACACUGUCCCGCCGUGUGUGUCACAGACAUGGGCACGGGCCAUCCGGCUCUGGGCAGUGUUUGAUUUGGUGUAGAGCCUGGGCCACACAGGAGAAGUUGUAAGCUACUCUAGGGCAGGCUGUGGUUGGCCCUUGCUUGAGAUUCUCAGCAAUUUCAUGUCAUUUGUGCUGAGUGUCUCUCCUAUUGUGUGUCUUUUAAUCAGGCCAAAAAAAAAAAAAAAAAGAAAAGAGAAACAGAGGGUGCUCUUGUGAUUGGAAUUUUGUUCCCGGGACUCAGCGGUGUAUGUUUAGUCCCUGUCAGAGGAACGGAGGAUUUCUCUGAUCAAUAAACCAAAGGUAAUCGCUGGAGACUUCGGCUCUGGUUGGAAGUGGUUUAUGGUUUAGACCCUGUGCUAUCUUGAGGAAUUACAAGAUAUUAUAGAGAGGAGAAAAAAAAAAGGAUGGCCUUUUCUUGAAAAUGUAACUUGAAAACAAAAAUAAAAUGUGGAAUAUAAUGUAAAAGUAGAAUUGUGGUGGUGGGGGGGUGGCGAUUGUACAUAGGCAAUAUGAAUGUUCUUUUUCUUUUCUCCAUUGUUUCUUUAAGGAAUUCUUACUAAAUGGCACUUGCCCCUCCUGAGCGCUCUCCUGGCUAACUUGUAUGUUGUUCUUCUGAAGACUAGCUAUUGUGUCACGUCUGGAGUCACUGUCGCGGCUGACACGAGGGUCUUCUGUGUUUUCACUGGAACACUGGAGGCCCAUUCUAGUCACAUUCCACCUACGACAAGCUGUUUCACUGAAAUAUUCUGGCCUUUUGGUUUUGUAGUCAUUGUUCGCCUUGUUUUCUCCAAAUAUUGUCAUUUCCUUCUUCGGGCGCUUUUGGUAGCAGAUGAAUUUGGGAAUUUCCGCAGGGCCAAGUGACCGUGGUAUUGCUGUAGACACUCUUUUCCUCUCCCUGUGGAGACACGAGUUAUCUGGCCUUAUGUGCAUUGGAAUCACUGAGACACUUUGAAAUAAUUCUGAUGUCUUUGCAGACAAAUCAAGUGCAGGAAGGAUGUUCUUAGCUCUGCGGAUUUUGUUUAGACUGCACUUUAGAACAGUGUUCAUCUCUACAGUGAAGCUGGCUUUGUCUUAUGAGAGAGGCCAAAGCUGCUGUUGCUUCUUCCAGUAGGUUUACAUGAAAUUUUAUAUUAAAAAAAUUUUUUUUGGUGGAAUCUUUAUAGAAAGCCUCGCUUUGUAUCAGAAGUAAAGACACUCAGUAUUGCCAUCCAACUUGUUUUCUUAUGUGAUUUCAUCAAAUUCAUGUACCUGAUUCUCAUUUUCUAAAACUAAAAAAAAAAAAAGAAAAAAGAUUCAAAUCCCUGAUUGUUGUUGCUUCCUCUGGAAGCAGGGAAGUUACUGUAAUGCAGAAAUGCUUGGUAGAAAAUGAGUGGCUGACCUUUUUCUAAAUAUAAACCUUCGGGUUUCUUCUGGAGUGUGCUUUCUUAGAGACUGUCUUGCUGAAGAGGACAUGAUGGAAAUGGGGGGCCUAGCUGGUGUCCACAUGGCGUGGCCAGGGCCACUUGUGAGUGGAUCUGGCUUCUACUUCCCUCUGAACCCAUGUUGCAUUUGAGUUCCUCUGGGGAUACCUGAGGUGCUUCAGUGUUGAAAGCAGAGGAUGAACAUGAGCUUGACUUUGACUCUCUGUGGGCUGGAAAUGCUGCCGCUGUGGUCUGGUGACAGCCUAUUUGCACAGAAAUGACAGAUUUGUUUAACCAAAGCUUUUGAGAGGUGACGAUGCCAGUAUAACAUGCUGGCUAGCAGAAAUCAGUAUUGCGUCUGCCGGGAGAAGUACAGAAAGAGCGGGUCUGCAUCGAGUCAUUAAAUUUCCAGUUUGCCCUUGGAGUUCUUUCGACUUCUGUAUGUUUAUUUUGUUCUUUUCUUUCCAGAUCUGUCAUAACCCUUUGAGAAUGAAGGGAAGGUAACACAGUUUCGGGAACCCACCCCCUUCCCUCCCUGAGUUCUUCACUAUCAUUGCAGGGUAGCCAUCCUACAGACCUUUUGGUCAGCUAAUUUUGUAGUUUGAGAAUUGACAUGUGUUCUAGGACCACUAAGGUAAAAAGCCACACUGACCAAAGUACAUCCCUUCUGAGCUGGGGAUGUCUUUUUGCCUGCCCUGUGAGACUCGUGCUCGGUGUAGGCUUAGGUAACCUUGAACUUUAGAUGUCUGGAAAUCCUAGCUGCAAUCUGCCUUCCAUACUGCCCACACAAGCACCAGGUACCUGAACUUGUACUGAACCGCCCAGGCCAGAGGUUCCAGUGUGGGGUGUGUGUUUAUGUGUGUGUUAACAUGAAACUUGGCAGGAGGGAAAGGGUCCUCAAGUUCAGGUGCCAGUUCUAAUGGGAAUGUAAGCAGUCUCUCAUUGGCUCCAGACUCUGAACCGCUCUUGGAUGCCAGGUUCCCCACCCGGCUUCUUGGGAGCCAGGGAAAACAGCAACAGAAUGGGGAGCAGUUCCUCUCCCCUUCAGCUGGCAGGAGACCAUGCACUAAAUUCCUGGCGCUGAGCUUCAGUCUCCAACUUUCGUCUUACCUUGGUGAUAAGACACUAUUCCUCACUCAGGAAUUCCAGUGCUGACGUGAGGCGUUCUGAGCGAUGUGCUCACUCAGAGCCCCUGGGCACCGGGCAGUGGGGACAAUCGCUAGGCAAGGUGGCAUCUGGCCCCCAAUAGAUGGUUCACACGUGUGGUUUGGGACACAAGUUGUUUUGUUUUUUCAUCUCCCCAGCCUGUCACUUGGGGAUGUGGGUCCCCGUGUGCUGUGAGAACCUGUGAUGUGAUGUAUUAAUGGAAUUGGUGUGAACCCCUGGAUCUGCUUACCAUUCAGCCAUACCCCUCUGUCUUGAGCCCCUUUCCUCUGUGGCAGGAACUCUUCAGCACGUGCUGCUGUGAGCUGCCACCUCUCCUUUCUUUCCAGUGAACUUUCUGGUGCUACCAUCUGAUUUUAUGAUGCCCUACAUCCUUCUCCUAAAGCCUGCCUUCAAGUAUGGGUAUCCAGCGUGAGAGGAGAGCCUAGUGACCGCGAGGCCCUUGCCUCCUGGGUACCUGACCUGGGGCUCCUCAUCGGGACCAGCCCUGUGGGUGGAUAGUCUGUCAGUUGAAAGCACUUCCUGUUUGCAAGGUUAGAGUCACAGCCUUCAUCAGAUGGAGAGUCGUCGGUCAGCUGUGGAAUCUGAUGCCAGCGUUUCACAGUUGACUUUGGAGCAUGUUGCAGUUGGACCAAUUGAAUUCAGGGCAAUCAGCGGGGAGGGGGGUCAUAAAGGAGAGGUGUUUCAAAGACCUGGCAACUUC